GGUUACGGAAAGAUGGCGGGUGCUGUCAUAAGACGAGUGGGAGCGCUAAUCUCGACUGAGCCUUGGGGGACAGGCGAGCGACUCGCAGCCUUGACACCAUCGCGUCGUUGGCGGGGGCAUCGCAGAGGCCUACCCCGCCGGUCGGCAUGGACACCGCUACUGUCGCCGCCACCGGCAGGCCUUGGCGACCGGCGCUCGCAGCACACGUUGCGCUACUUGCCGCGCCGAGCCGUGCUUUACGUCCCGGGGAACGACGAGAGGAAGCUACGCAAACUCGCCUCGCUGGACGCCGACUGCGCCGUGCUGGACUGCGAGGAUGGGGUCGCGGCCAGCAAAAAGGAAGAAGCACGGGAGACCAUCCGAAGGAUGCUUCCAGAGCUGAACUUGGGCCGCACAGAAAAGUGCGUCCGGGUCAACUCCGUGUCCAGCGGCCUGGCCGACCUCGACCUGUCAGUUAUCCUCCAAUCAGAGCUCCUACCUCCGGCUCUGAUGCUGCCCAAGGUGGAGGACACAGCGGAAGUGCAGUGGUUCAUGGACAGAUUUCAGCACCAUAUGAAAGGGAGAACUCUGACCGAGCCCAUUCGCCUGGUGACAUUUGUGGAGAGUGCAGUCGGCCUGCUCAAUUUUAAGGCUGUUUGCGAGGAAUUCCUCCGCCUUGGCCCCGAGGUCGGCCUGCACCACGACGGCGUGGUCUUCGGUUCCGAUGACUUCUGUGCCAGCAUAGGUGCUACGCGAUCGAAGAAUGCUGUAGAGCUCCUGUACGCACGGCAGAAAGUCGUGGUGACGACGAAAGCCUUUGGCUUGCAGGCGAUUGACCUUGUUUACAUCGACUACCAGGACGAGGAGGGCCUACGAGCGCAGGCGAGAGAGGGCGCGCUCAUGGGUUUCACCGGCAAACAAGUCAUCCAUCCCAACCAGGUCCAGAUUGUUCAACAAGAAUUUUCCCCAAGCGCUGAACGAGUCAAGUGGGCCGAAGACCUCAUAGCUGCUUUUGAAGAGCACCAGAAAUUAGGAAAGGGUGCCUUUACUUUCCGAGGCAGCAUGAUUGACAUGCCGUUACUGAAGCAGGCGCAAAACAUCGUCACGUUGGCGACUGCGGUCCUAAACAAGUGAACGUGGCAGCAUGGAAUACUUGAAGAUGUGUGUUUUUUCUCAAAAAAAAAAAAAAAAAUUCUGUGUACAUAAAAAAUGCAGAGAUUUUCACCUGAUGAAAAUAAUAGUCUCUUAGUUUGUGUUGUAUCAAUGAACGACAGAAGAGAGGAGAAUACAUUUGGAGGUUUAGUCGUCGUCAUUUCCCCCCCCCCCCCACACAUACACACACACACACACGACACCCCCUGUAUUUAGAAACCAAUCAGCCUGUCUUCCUCGUUCUCAUGCAGCCACUGGGGCUGGUUCAGCAGUGUGGGGUAUUGCGGGGGUUGCUGGGAAGGGGACCGUGGUAGUGCUGGAGGUGUAUGGGUCGAUAAACCAAGCACCGUGGAAGCCUCUGUCUCCUGCCCUCCCCAAAAUUUGAGGGCUGGUGUGGGUGUGGGAUCGGUCUCCCAUGGCCAGGGCUCGGGUCGCUCGGCAAAAGGGUAAACAAACAGAACAGGCCGCACUUGUUCCGCCAUUCAACCGUGCUCCGCCGCCAAAAGGCCCAGGGCUUCGCCGAGCGGCAACAGGUCAAAGUUCCACCUGCCAAAGAGCCUCAAUGAAUUUUCCAAAACCAACAAUCUGAGAUUUUGUUUCGGCCCCCUCACUAAAUCAUGGGCCUUUGUGUGCGGACUGUGAGCCAGUGUUCUUGAUGAAGAGGGAAAUGAAUUCCUUUAAACUGGGCACUCACCCCGGGCAGACCUGCCCAGCAGCGAGGCUGCUGCACUCUCGCGCACACACACACACACACACACACACCACAGGAUAAGCGGCUGGCGUGCGCGCUCUCUCUCUCUCUCUCUCUCUCUCUCUCUCUCUCUCAAUAAAGCCCACUUCCACAUUU